AUUAUUUAAACAGCCCUGGAGGUAUAUCACCAUUGUUGGUGCAUUUAAGAAACCUAACAGUAUGACAGUGACCAGAACACUGAAUCACCCAGACGUCUAUGUAUUCUGAAUGGUAAAGAUCCAAAUGCUUCAUUUGAUCCUGCAUUUAUGUGUGCUGUUCUGCCUUUCGAGAUGCUCUUGUUCCUCUGACACACCCCAACCUGUUUGGAGAGGAAAAUCUUUAGGUACCCGAGCCUACCACUGCGGUCUUCAGAAAGGGAAGUCUCUCCUUGUCCUUUGAAAUGCUGAAGAACUUACUGCGGAGGAGACUUUUUUCUUGUCCCACUAAAUACUACUUUGUGCUUCUUGUUUUGUCUCUGAUUACCUUGUCUGUUUUAAAGAUCCAUCAGAAGCCCGAGUUUCUAGGUGUCAGUCACUUGGAUCUUACGGAAGAGAAUCCUAGUAACAAUGUCAACUGCACCAAAAUUUUACAGGGUGACGUUAGCGAAAUCCAAAAGGCCAAGCUUGAGAUGCUAACGGUGGGGUUUAAGAGGCGCCCUCGGUGGACCCCGCAGGACUAUAUAAACAUGACCAGGGACUGUGGCUCCUUCAUCAAGACGCGCAAGUACAUCACAGAGCCCCUGAGCAAGGAGGAGGUGGCCUUCCCAAUUGCCUAUUCCAUCGUGGUUCAUCACAAGAUUGAAAUGCUCGACAGGCUCCUGCGGGCCAUCUACAUGCCGCAGAAUUUCUACUGCAUUCACGUGGACAAGAAAUCCGAGGAAGCCUUCUUAGCUGCGGUGAUGGGCAUCGCAUCGUGUUUCAGUAACGUCUUCGUGGCCAGCCGCUUGGAGACCGUGGUGUAUGCAUCUUGGAGUCGGGUGCAGGCAGACCUCAACUGCAUGAAGGAGCUGUACGCCAUGCAUGCGGGCUGGAAAUACUUGAUCAAUCUGUGCGGCAUGGAUUUUCCUAUUAAAACCAACCUGGAGAUGGUUAGGAAGCUGCAGUCAUUCAGGGGUGAAAACAACCUGGAGACAGAGAAGAUGCCAGCCCAUAAGGAGGAAAGGUGGAGGAAGCACUAUGUCAUCAUGAACGGACGGAUCAUUAACACGGGGACGGUCAAGACACCGCCUCCCCUGAGCACACCUCUGUUCUCAGGUAGCGCCUAUUUUGUGGUCAGUAGGGAGUACGUGAGAUUCGUGUUAGAGGAUGAGCACAUCCAGAAGUUCAUGGAGUGGGCGCAGGACACGUACAGUCCCGAUGAGUACCUCUGGGCCACCAUCCAAAGGAUUCCCGAAGUGCCAGGUUCCUUGUCCUCCAGCAAUAAGUAUGACCUGUCUGACAUGAACGCCGUGGCCCGGUUUGUCAAGUGGCAGUACUUCGAAGGCGACGUGUCCCGCGGUGCACCCUACCCGCCCUGCGACGGGGUGCAUGUGCGCGCCGUGUGCAUUUUCGGGGCCGGGGAUUUGAACUGGAUGCUUCGCAAGCACCACUUCUUUGCCAAUAAGUUUGACAUGGACGUCGACCUCUUUGCCAUCCAGUGUUUGGAUGAGCAUCUGCGGCAUAAGGCCCUCGAGAGGUUAGAACACUAAAUGAAGAUGUGCCUCCAGCCCCCCUCCUUCCUCUGCCUCUGUUCACGGAGGGAAGCUGGAGGGUCAGGGGAGCCGCACCAGGGAAUGAGGUCUUGGGAGCAGGGGCCAGGAUGGCCAGGAAGCAGCCUUCAGGACUGUUCACAACAACUCAGGGACUCGUGCCAAAAUUAUUUUGAGAAUUUUAUAGCCUGAUCAUUUUUCCGACAUGGGUAAAUUUAUUGCCACACACAAUCGUAAGGAUACUGUGUAUCCUGUAGGUUAUGUAGAGAUUUGAUUUUUAUUGUACAUGAUCCUUGUAAAGUAAUUGAUUUUGUGCUGUCAUGUUGUAUGGCGUAGUGUCUGAAUGUUGUCUCAGGGAGCUUUCAACAGGCUUGAUGUUCAUGUUGCUGUCUUAUUUUCCCUUAUAAUAGCACAUAGGCAUUUAGUUUGAAAGCAAGGGGAAAAAAUGAGUUUCUAUGUUAGUUGAUUUCUAUGAAUCAUCUUUUAAAAUAGCUGUUUAUCAGGUACAGUAGUACAGACCUGUAGUUACAGGUACUCAGGAGGCUGAGUCAGGAUGAUGGUCAGGCUCUCAGGAGUGUGGGACAAGUUGGCUAUGGUCUUCUUCCCUCUCUUACUUUCUACCUCUCUACCUUUGUCUUUUUUAGUACUGGGAAUAAGUCCAAGGCCUCAUCUAUGGUAGGCAAUGUUCCUAGCCUGAGACCUUAACUCUAAGGCCAAAACAAAAAAGGUGUGUAUAUUCAAAGUAUUGUUUGUUUACCAACAGUAACAUUCAACUUUUCCCAAUAUUUCCUUUUAUAUCCCCCACCCGCCCCCCAUCUCCCCAGCCUCUGUAUCAAAGGGUGUGAAAAAUUUUGCCAUUUGAGAAACCAAUAUGGUCUUGAUUCUCUGAUGUGCUCCAGUUGACAGAAAUCCAUGCAGAAAACAGAGAUAGAAGUAGGUCUGAGAGGAAGGAGAAGGAAUCUAUGUAGACUGAUGAUGAUACUCCAUGCUGAGCUUUUGAAACCAGCAACUACCACUGUCCCAGGGCUUUUGCUCAUUGGAUCCACUUGUGUCUGUGACACAUUCCAGUGUCAUCAGUGCCUUUGAAAGAACCAGGCCCUGCCCUGCCUUGGGUCUUGGUGUUCCUGUGCCCCCAGUGGUCAUAAGCCCUUUGUAAGUUGUGUCUUCCUCUCUCAGAGACUUCAGUGGGGAGGGAGUGUUGCUCUGCUAUUCAAGAGGCCUGUUGGAAGGCCUGGGAGGGGAACUUCAGAUUUCACUCAGAUUCACUCUUGGUAUUGUCCACAGCACAUAGUUUUUUACUCUCUCUGUUGUCACCAAAAGGUAGCACUGUAUUCCAUCUCCCAUCCUAAGUAAAGAUUUAUUUUAUUAUUAUUACUUUUGAGACUUGGGCUAAGUUGAUACUGUCCAGCCAAAGAGCUGCUAGGAAUGGCAGAGCUUUGUCAUUUGACAUUAGUCUUUACACAAGAACCAAACCUGUUUUUAGUUCAAUGGUAAAACAUAGCCCGUUUGAAUUGUCCAUGAGCUAUUCAUAUCAGCUGGUUUUAAAGCAAUCAUUUUAAGUUUCAUUUUACUGAAAGGUGUAUUCUUUUUCAAAACGUUAUCAUCGUUUGUAAAUGAUAAGUUGUGUUUUGUGUUAGACCAAGAAAUAAAACAACCAGUGUUGGACAAAAAUCAACAUUAUUUGCUUAGAAACUCAA